ACUUGAUCUGUUGGGCACGCGUUGCGUUGCUCGUGCUGCAGGGCACGACUUUGACUUGGAACGGGUGCAAAAGCGCCUAACUUUGCACAGCAAGGACGCAGAGGGUGUUCUCAAUUUUGCCGGGCAUGAAGACAAUGGCCGUGGAGCUGCAAGGUGGAUUAAGAAUACAGAGGCGGUUGCAAUGGGCGCGUUGAACAAGUAUGAGACCGGACAGCACAAGAUCUUCUCGGAUUUCGCGGAGAAGUUGAAGGACACCACAGACUACAUGAACAAGCGCAUGGGGAGCACUGGAAUAUCAAUGGGCUCCACUGGGGUCAGCUUUGCAGCGCCAGACACCACAGUCUUCUUGCAACCUGAGGAAAGAGAUAUGCUGCAAAGUCUGGAGAUGCAAAAGAAACAAAAAGAGAAAACGGCCCCUUGGCAAAGCCCUUAGACUCAGACUAGCGAACGACGGAAAGUCACUGGCGCGACUCAAGGUUUGGGAGCUCAAAAAACAGCCACUUGGCAAAGUUGGAAAUCACCUGAUGUGGAGUCUCGUGUGUCCUUGAUGUGAUGGGCCAGUCGUAAAGACGGAACCAAAUGAUUAUCCUAUAGCGGCCACCUCAUCCUAUAGCGGCCUACCCCCUUCCCCCCGGCCUUUUAGAAUAUCAUCUCCAGAGCACCUUGUUUGCAGCGCUCGUUCGCAAGCGAACGUUCUCUCUUUGCUUUCAAAUCGAGGCUUGAUGAAUUGAUUGCGACGCGGAAGAACAUGGAUGAGGAUCGAGCUUGUGUAGAUAUGUGUAGAUCAUAAACUGAGGUAUCAAGGUCUUUUGUGUGAAUUAUGGAAUUAUGAAACAAGGGAAACAAGAAAAGGGGAAAGGUCUAAAAGCAAAAGGACAAAGAAAUAAAAAAGGAAAAUAACAACGAAGAGACAGGAGAGAAAGAAAAAUGUCUCAACCAGGAAGAAAGCAGCGAAGGAGGAAAGGAAAAAGGAAGAACACAGCAAAAGAAAGGAGGAAGGGAACAAGGAAGAAAGAAAGAGGAGAACAAG